AUGUCGCUGCUGAGCGAGAUGUGGGAGGCGAAAUUGGAGCCCGCUGUGAUCUUCUACAAUGCUGGGAUCAGCGCGUGCGGGAAGGGAGAGCAGUGGCAGCGGGCUUUGGCGCUGCUGAGCGAGAUGUGGUUGGUCAAGCUGAAGCCCACUGUCAUAUCUCCUACAGACUAUAGCGCGGGGAUCAGCGCGUGCGAGAAAGGCGAACAGUGGCAGCGGGCUUUGGCGCUACUGGGCGAGAUGUGGGCUGCGAGAAUGAAGCCCAACGUCAUCCUUACUACAGUCGCUGGGAUCAGCGCGUGCGAGAAGGGCAAGCAGUGGCAGCAGGCUUUGGCGCUUCUCAGCGAGAUAUGGAAGGCGAAGUUGGACCCCACAGUAAGCAGCUACAGCGGUGGGAUCAGCGCGUGUGAGAAAGGCGGGCAGUGGCAGCGAACUUUUGCACUGCUCGCAGAGAUAAAGGAGGUGACCUUGGAGCUGGACGUGAUUUGUUUCAACUCUGCCAUAAGCGAGAAUGGCGAGCAGUGGCAGCGGGCGUUUGCGCUGCUCGGCCAAAUGCGGAAGGCGGAGCUGGAACCCGGGGUCAUCAGUACUACAACGCUGGGAUCAGCGCGUGCGAGAAGAGCAAACAGUGGCAGCAGGCCUCAGCGCUGCUCAACGAGAUGCAUGGGGCGAAGCUGGAGCCCAAUGCCAUCAGCUACAGCGCUGCUACCAGCGCGAGUGAGAAGGGCGAGCAGUGGCAGCAGGCUCUGGCGCUGCUCGGCGAGAUGUGGGAGGCGAAGCUGGAGCCCAACAUCUCAGCUACAGCGCUACGAUCAGCGCGUGCCAGAAACGCGACCAGUGGCAGAGGGCUCUGUCGCUGCUCAGAGAAAUGCGCUGGAUAAGACUGCAACCAGAUGUCUUCCUUUACAGAAUCUUAGCCAGCAUGUGCGAGCAGGGCGGACAAAGGAUGUUGGUUCAGUCGUUGACGAGGGAGGUGUGCGGCGUAAUUGA